GAGGCGAGACGCGAGUGCGCUCCACAUGUGAACCCCGCAGUUUCAUAGCUGCGUUCAUUCAUAUGCAUGCGGUUGUUGAAUAUUUGAUCAAAGCUGCAGAUUGGAUAUUGGGAAGCAAAUUUGGGUGUGAAAUCUUCAGCAAAGGAGCACGCAGAGUCCAUGAUGGCUCAGACCGAGUGAGUGAGAGGCAGAGCGAGGACGCCCCUGCGCUCGGCGCGCCCGGACUCGCAGACUCGCGCCGGCUCCAGGCUCUCCACAAUUCUCUCUCGCAGACUUUUCCCGGUCUUGAGCGAUCCAGUGCCCGGAGGGGGCCGGAGCUGCUCAAGCCCGCAAUGAAGAGAAGUCCAGGUUUCUCUGACUGUCUUUGGGUCUGGACCCUCCUUCUGAGCUCUUUGACUGGAAGAAGCUAUGGACAGCCCUCCUUACAAGAUGAACUCAAAGACAAUACCACUGUCUUUACCAGGAUUUUGGAUCGACUUCUAGAUGGGUAUGACAAUCGCCUAAGACCAGGAUUAGGAGAGCGUGUAACAGAAGUGAAGACUGACAUCUUCGUCACCAGCUUCGGACCCGUUUCAGACCAUGAUAUGGAAUAUACAAUAGAUGUGUUUUUCCGUCAAAGCUGGAAGGAUGAAAGGUUAAAAUUUAAAGGACCCAUGACAGUCCUCCGGUUAAAUAACCUAAUGGCAAGUAAAAUCUGGACACCGGAUACCUUUUUUCACAAUGGCAAGAAGUCGGUGGCUCACAACAUGACCAUGCCCAACAAGCUGCUGCGGAUCACAGAGGACGGCACCUUGCUAUACACGAUGAGGCUGACGGUGAGGGCUGAAUGUCCAAUGCAUUUGGAGGACUUCCCUAUGGAUGCCCACGCCUGCCCUCUAAAAUUCGGAAGCUAUGCUUAUACAAGAGCAGAAGUUGUUUAUGAGUGGACCAGAGAGCCAGCACGCUCAGUGGUUGUAGCAGAAGAUGGGUCACGCCUCAACCAGUACGAUCUUCUUGGACAAACAGUAGACUCUGGGAUUGUUCAAUCAAGUACAGGAGAAUACGUUGUUAUGACCACUCAUUUUCACUUGAAGAGAAAGAUUGGCUACUUUGUUAUUCAAACCUAUCUCCCGUGUAUAAUGACGGUUAUUCUCUCUCAAGUCUCCUUCUGGCUCAACAGAGAGUCUGUACCAGCAAGAACUGUGUUUGGAGUAACAACUGUGCUUACCAUGACCACUUUGAGCAUCAGUGCCAGAAAUUCCCUCCCUAAGGUGGCCUACGCCACCGCUAUGGACUGGUUCAUUGCCGUGUGCUACGCCUUCGUGUUCUCAGCUCUGAUCGAGUUUGCCACCGUCAACUAUUUCACCAAGAGAGGUUAUGCAUGGGAUGGCAAAAGUGUGGUUCCAGAAAAGCCAAAGAAAGUGAAGGAUCCUCUCAUUAAGAAAAACAACACUUAUGCUCCUACAGCAACCAGCUACACCCCAAAUUUGGCCAGGGGGGACCCUGGGCUCGCCACCAUUGCUAAAAGUGCAACCAUAGAACCCAAAGAGGUCAAACCGGAAACAAAACCACCGGAACCCAAGAAAACCUUUAACAGCGUCAGCAAAAUCGACCGACUGUCAAGAAUAGCCUUCCCCUUGCUAUUUGGAAUCUUUAACUUAGUCUACUGGGCGACGUAUUUAAACAGAGAGCCUCAGCUAAAAGCCCCCACACCACACCAGUAGGUAUUUGUAGUCACCUUUCAUUGUUCAGUCCUCUGCACUGGGAAUUGCUUUAUGUUCUCAACGCAGUAAUUCCCACCUGCUUUAUUGCCUCUGUCUUAAAGAAUUUGAAGGUUUCCUUAUUUCCAUACUUCAUAGAAAAACAAGAGACCCCUGUCUGGCAGCCCAGAGCAGAGCGGAGUUUGUAGUUUGGAGAUGGGAUUCUGAGAGAGGAAGGGAGAGCAAAAUCAUGUCAGAAGGAGACAGAAUGAGAGAGGAAAGGAGGGAGAAAGUAGUCCAAAAAAUGGGGGAAAGUAAAAGAAAAAUCAAAUUUAACUAUAAACCCACAUCCAUUUGUAGAUAUAUAUUUCCAAAUAGUCUAAAAAGAGAGAGAUACUGUAUACGUCAAAAAUAUUUUUAUGUGAAGGUGUUUAAAAGGAUAAAUUAUAAUGUUUGAUGAAGAAAAAUUUUUUAAAAUCUAUGUCUUUAUUGCACAAACUAUGGCGUGCUUAUGUUUUUGUUUUGUUUUGUUUUUAAGCCGAUGUAUAGAUAGCUUUAACAUUUUGUUUCCAAAGCUAAACAUUCCCAUUUUUUUCCUCUUAAAAAAUGCCUAAUCCAUUAUUUCGUCAUAAAAUGCUAUUUUAAAAUUCAUGGAAAUUCCAUAGGCCAAGGUACAGCUGCUGGCGGUAGAGCAGAUUUAGUCCAAUGGAGAGAAAUGCUUUAAUAGGCUACUACAUUAUCAUCUGAGCUAUUGCCACGAAACUCAAAGAAGAAUCACUUUAACCGACACAUACAUUCAAUAGAAACUAAACAAAUAAUUACAAUAGAAUAAAGUCAUUUAAAAAUCCCUUUAUCUCCUUAUUUCCCAAUAGCACAUGGGUCCAAUAAUCAAUCAUUUGAUUCUCACUAUAAAAAUGUUUAUAGAGGGGCAAAAAUAUUUUGCAAGCUCUGGAAUUGUUGAAUGUAUUCUUUUCUAUAACUACAUUCAAAGCUGUAGAUUGAAAUUUAUGACUAGCAAACAAAAAUAGAAUAUAUAAAUUAUAUAUGUAAAUAUACAGCAUGAGAUUGUACAUUUUUUACUUUUUUAAAAGUUGUGUUCUUAAAAUAUUGUGUAGGAAUCGCUGCUCUUAGCUGUUACGAUGUUGUUAAAUGCUAUGGAAAUGCAUUUAGAGCCUGCAUUUAAGAACAGAACAGCUGGUAGGAGUCAGAUGGAACUUCAAACAUAUGGGUAUCAAGUCCUCUUAUGUAGAAAAAGCUUCUAAUUUCAAACUGUUGUCUGGUGUACAGUAGUAGAUCAGUUGCUAUCUGUUCAAGUCAUGCCACACCACAUUCCCCUAUUUUAGGCUCCUGUAAUAUAGAAAGAAAACGGAAAGUAUUAGUUGGAGCUAGAACACCAACUGUAUAUUAUUGCUAUAUUUGCUGAUACCAACUAUUUCAAUAAGUGUUGUACCAUAUGUAGCAUUAAAUAUAAAAUACAUGAAAGAAUGUACAGAAAAUAGCUUUUAUUGAGUAAUAUUAUUACAUUUCAUUUAUACUGUAGCAAUAUAUUUGUAGGUAUACUAUGUAAGGGCUUUAAAUUACAGAGGUUCAUUAAUAUACUCUAUAAAAAUUCUAGUCUGUUUCAUUACUGCCCAGAUGCUUUAGAGAUAAAUAUUUAUGAAGAAGGUAUUUUUGAAGGCUCCUUUUGUCUGACAGUUUCGCAGAUAUUUAAAUUCUGUGUUCCGAAUCCACGGGUCCUGGUCUAAACACAUUUAGAAUACUACAACAUAAACCUCUUAGCAUAAUUACUGAAUAAGACAGUUGGGAUCCAUACCCAAGUUUUGAACAAUGUUUUUCUCAAAAAGCUGCUAUCCAAUGAUGUAGGAAAAUACACCGUGUUUUCCUAAACAAACUCUGGUUUUUCUUUCUCAAUGUGCUUCAUUGUUUGAGUUUGUCCUGCUUAAAUUUCAUGAGCUAGGCCAACAAAGGCUGAACCAAGGACAUUUCAUUCUCUGCUAUCAUGUAUAGAUAUUAUGUAUAGAAAAUAAAAUAAAUUAUGGCUCUAACUUAUGUGUUGCUGUUUAUCUUGUUAUUUUUCGGCGUUAACCUACUGUGUUUAUUGAGAGCUUUUUACCUUCCAAGCUCCUCAUGGCUAACUUUUGGUCUGUAUUUUGUUCAUUAGAUGUGAAUAUUUCCUAUUAGUCUGCUUUCUGCUAUGCAAUGACUGCAUUUCUAUUCUUUCUUAGUUUGUUAGUAUAUGUGGAUGGUAUUCUACUGUAUAAAUUGAUUGCACAGUUUAUCAAAGACAAAGUAUUCUAUGUAGCUUUUCUACCGUGCUUUGCUAAACCAUGUAAUACUAGUUAAGUCUUCCUUGAAAAUAAAGAUACACUCUUUUAGGGGACAGUUCCUGUUUAAUCCCAGGAAAAAAAUUUUUUUAAAAGAUGACACUGAAUGUUUAUUGCACCUUAGUGCAGUGAAGUGGCAAUAAAACUUAACAUGAAUCGAGGUUGUUUAUGGCAGAUGCAUGUAUUGCUUUACAGAGUUUAGCAAAAGCUCUUAAUUUUAUGUCAUAUUGUAUUCUAUUAUAACAAUAAAGCUAAUGUUAUUCAAUAA